AUGAGGAACAUGCCUGGGAGUUUAGAGCCAUUGGACGUGGGGGUUCAGAUACCAUACCACUUCCGGUGUCCAAUCUCGCUGGAACUUAUGAGUGACCCGGUGACCGUGAGCACCGGUCAAACUUACGACAGAGCAAGCAUAGAAUCGUGGGUGGCCACGGGCAAUACCACGUGCCCGGUCACGCGUGCACCGCUCAGUGACUUCACGCUCAUUCCCAACCACACCCUUCGACGGCUUAUCCAGGACUGGUGCGUCGCCAACCGGUCUUUUGGUGUCGAACGUAUUCCGACUCCCAAACAACCCGCUGACCCGACCUUGGUUCGGUCCUUGCUGAGUCAAGCCUCGUCCCUGUCGAAUCCUCUGAAUUCAAGACUCUCUGCGUUAAGGAGACUCAGAGGACUCGCUCGUGACUCGGAUAAGAACCGGUCUGUGAUCUGUGCUCACAGCGCACAUGAAGUUUUGCUUUCUAUUGCUUUUUCGAAUUUGGAUUCGGUCUCGUCCGAGUUGAAUCACGAGUCACUGGCCCUUCUGUCGAUGUUUCCGCUUUCGGAGUCCGAGUGUAUGCUUGUAGCUUCCCGUCCGGAUCGAGUUGGUUAUCUUGUGGCUCUUCUAUUCCAUUCUUCCAUUGAUGUCCGAGUUAACUCUGCUGCGUUGAUUGAAAUCGUCUUAGCUGGGACGAGAUCGCCGGAGCUCCGAGCGGAAAUCAGCAAUGCCGACGAAAUCUUUGAAGGAAUUGUUGGAAUUCUCACCUAUCCAAUGGCUUAUCCGCGGGCUUUAAAAAUCGGAAUCAAAGCAUUGUUCGCUUUGUGCUUGGUUAAGCAACACCGUCACAAGGCGGUGACCGCCAGAGCGGUAGAGGCGGUGAUCGAUCGAUUGGCAGAUUUCGAGAAAUGCGACGCCGAGAGAGCGCUGGCCACGGUAGAGCUCCUCUGCCGGAUUCCAUCUGGAUGCGCGGCGUUUGCUUCUCACGCGCUGACUGUACCGCUAUUGGUGAAGAUAAUCUUGAAGGUUUCAGAUCGAGCCACCGAGUACGCCGCCGGAGCUCUGCUAUCACUGUGUUCUACCUCCGAGUUGACUCAGCGAGAGGCGGUGGCCGCCGGCGUGUUGACACAGUUGUUGUUACUCGUUCAGAGCGAUUGUACGCAACGAGCGAAGAGAAAAGCGCAAAUGUUGUUGAAAUUGCUUCGCGAUUCGUGGCCUGAGGACUCAACUGCCAAUUCAGAUGAUUUUGGUUGCAGCGAUUUGGUUCCAUUUUGA